AUGUCCUCUCUUUGGAGCACGAGAAACAAGGACAACGACAAUGUCCUAGAGGGACCUCCGGAGGAAAGGGAUUCAAGCGAGUAUACGGUUCGGGACCCCGAUGAACACAGUCGCUUGCUUCCGAACCGACUCGACAGCAACAGCAGGCAAUACCUGACGCCCGAUGACCCGGCAGUGUCGCCAUAUAAUCUAUGGACGGUGCGGGUGAUGCGAUGGGCUACGGUGCUCUUCACAGCCCUCACCUUGACGUGGUGGACUCUCAUAUUGGUUUCCGCCUUCGUCACGCCGCCAGGGAUGCACACGCGCGGCUCCGGCUUCUUCGCCUUCAGCUAUUCCAGUCUGGCAUUCUUCACCCUUCUAUUUACCCUCGUGUUCUUUGGCGCGCCAUCCAAGGCUGUUAGGGUCCUGUCCAUCUUCAUGGCCGUCAUGUUGCUUGUCGACAUGAUUCUCAUUCUUGCAGUGCAGAAGAACCGCUACGAAGAAACGGGCGUCGGGGUUGCAAGCGUUGUCUGGGCUUUCUUAAUGAGCUUGUGGGCUUUGGCUUGCGACCGAACCGUAAAAUGGGGCAAGGCCGAAGAAGAGGAGCGCUUGACCGGCCGCGUCGAGACGAGGCGUACAGUCUGGGAAUGGACCGAGGUGCUAAUCUCUACCAUUGCCUAUGUAAUUCUUUCCGUGGUCAUCAUUUUGAUCACGGCCACUCUUAUCCUCCGAUCUCUCGAUGCUGGAUAUGGACCGCCGGGUGAGCAAUACUGGGUGGAUGGCGACCAGUACCGUAUCCACAUUUACUGCGAGGGCAACACCACCGAUGCCGCAGGCACCAAGCUGCCUACUGUCCUUUUAGAGAGCGGCGACCUACCGGUCGAAAACGGACUUUGGCAAUUCGCGCAGAACGCUCUGAAGAACGGAUCCAUUUCGAGAUAUUGCUUUGCCGACCGCCCAGGUUACGGAUGGAGCGACACCGCGCCUAGUCCGCUCUCCGCCGGCAUGGCUACUGACGCGCUGAGUGAGGCUCUUGCUCGAGCGGGUGAACAUGGUCCUUGGGUCCUGGCAAGCGCCGGCAUUGGCUCUGUAUACUCCCAGAUCUUCUCUUCUCGACACGGCAGGGAGGUCAACGGUCUCCUUUUGAUCGACCCUCUUCAUGAAGACCUCCUCGUGCGUGUCUCGGACCCUGGCAGGGGAUUCAUGUACUGGCUGCGCGGCGUCAUCUCGCCUCUCGGCCUUGAACGCCUUUCAGGCGCCAUUUUCAAAGGACGUACCAGCGCAGACCGUGUCUGUGGCCGUUCUGCCAGACAGAAUGGUAAAUACCUGUUCGCGAAGUUGCAAGAGAGUCUCGUGGCCAACACUCUCACGAAACGAGAGGUCAUCAGCAGCAAGACGAUUCAAUACCCUGGUACGCCCCUGGUGCUGAUCAGUUCCGGCGAGAAAAUCCGAGAGGACAGCGAAUGGGAGCCCAAGCAGAGGGACCUCAGCCAUUUGACAAGGAACCUCAAGCAUUGGGAUAUUGUGGACAAGGCUCCUCACAAUAUGUGGGACACGCUCGACGGGCGCCAGAUGAUCGAGAAGAGACUUCGCCAGAUGGUCCAUGCGUGA